AACGACGCGAGGGCAGUGUUCAAUCGCACGCGAAGCCACGCUAUCCUUCUACUUGCGGAGAAAUGAGGUAGAAAAAUCCCGCGGUUAUCGAGAAGGCCGCGGACUUUUGCACUUCAUUGUUGGCAUCGAACCCCGAUCACACAAAAUAACGCGUGUUACAGAUGACGCGGCCGCGGACUGACGAUGGCGCAAACAUCAAGGAUAAACGCUAUCCUUGGUGAUCUCGUCGACUCGUUUGCACAACUGGCUGGCGAUAAUAAUCCCAGGAACCUCAAACAGUCCAAGGAUUUAGCUAACAAGCAAGUAAAAGCGCAUCAGUAUGUGCGCACCAAUCAAUUCGAAGUGGAAUCCUCCAUCUGCGGGCUGAUUGAGAAGUUCUCCAUUGUGAACCGGGACGAUCUUGCAGAAGCAUUGACAAAGCGUCUGGACGAGCUUCGAACAAAGUCGAAGAGCAAGUGGAUGCCUGAGUUGUUGUCUUUGCUUUUGAAUUUGUCGGAUCGCCCAGAUCAGAAGUCGACCUUGGAGGCUCUUGAACUGCUGAAACCACCUUCACCUCCACCAUCACCUGUGACAUGGGAAGAGCUUGAUGCAGAAGAACCUCUCACGGGUGAAGUCUGGCAGGAUGAAUCGUACUCAAGUGCUUCCGAUGACGAGGUUGAGCUCACCAAGAAGAGCAACCUAUAUGUUGAGACCAAAGCCACCUUGGAAGAAGCAGUCACGGAUGAUAUUCUGCCCACUAUUACGGAGAAUAUACCCACAGAUGACUUUAAUAAACUGCAAGCUGUACAGUUCUGGACGCAGGCAGAUUUAGGCAGCUCGCAACCUCAGCGUUUGACCGAGCUCCAAAUCAUCAGGGAAGUCUUACACAUGCUACACGGCCUACCAACAUCCAUUUUCGCAAUAGACGAACAAAACACACUAGUCUAUCAUGCCGCAAACAUCUCGAUACUGCAGAUUAGCUUGUCAGGACUUAACGACGUGCUGCAGUCCUUUGCGAACAUUGGCUCAGAUCUGCUGCGAUUGCGAUCAUGGACGCGUAAAGGCCAGAAAGUACCGCUGCUUCAAGCUUUCAACCAUGCAGUCAGUCAGCAAUUGCGCGACUUCGACCAAAAAAUAGCCGACAUUGAGACGCGGUUCGUAAACCCGCAUUCCGCUGUUGUGAUCAGCUUGUUGAAAGUACAUCGAGAAGUCGAAUGUUUCAGUCGACCUAUCUCCGCCAUCAGCGCGCUUGCUUCAAGUGUUCCGGAACAUGGAGGUGGCUUUAUUUGUCUUGAGCUUCUCUAUGAUCAAAUAUGCUUGUUACAAGCCGCCGGCGACGACGAGUGCAGCAGAGAACUUGGCCACGUUUUCUUUGCAUGCCUUAAUGUGUACCUCAGACCUAUAUCGCAGUGGAUGGAACAAGGUGUCGCCCUUGAUAAUGAUGAAAGCUUUUUCAUCUCCGUGAUAGACAAAGGGAGCCCUGCUUCCACAUUGUGGCAUGAUCGUUACAGCCUUCGUAAGACGAAUGACGGGGAAUUGCAUGCACCGAAAUUUCUGUGCCCUUCAGCAAAGAAGAUUCUUAAUGCUGGCAAGAGCAUUGUGUUUCUGCAACAUCUGGGGAAGGACUUGCGGCAAACAACCGACGAGCUGACACCUGCACCAGAGUUGACGUACGAAUCGGUUGUUGGCUGCUCAUCUGCUGUGCCUGGCUUACUACCCUUCUCUGAACAGUUUUCGACCUCUUUCGUUCAGUGGAUAGGCAGUAAGUAUGGUCCGGCAUCCUCCAUUCUGCGGCAGCAGCUGUUGGCAUCUCAAGGUUUGCUGCAAUACAUCGACACCCUUGAGCAUGUGUACUUCUCGAAAGAUGGUGUUUUAUUCCAAACCUUUGCCGACGAGUUGUUCAAACGCAUUGACGGCCGAGGACGCGAUUGGAGCGACAAAUUCUUACUCUCCGAGCUUGCACGUCGUACAUUUAGCCCUGCUUUGGGAUUGGCGAAACCAUCUAAUUUGAGUGUACGCAUAGCGCAGCUGAACCACUCCGCACAGAGCGUGAAAAUAUUAAGUUCAGUGUUGGUAGAUCUCACUCUGCCGUGGGCCAUACAGAACAUCAUCCAGCGUUCUUCGAUUCCGACCUAUCAGGCUGUCCUCUGUUUGCUGUUGCAGAUCUACCGCGCGAAGGCCCUACUAAGGACUGACAGCUACAAUAUCCGCACAUGCGGAGGCCGAUCGCGCGCGCGUCUGGCAAUUGGUAUUCGGCAGAAACUGAUGUGGUUCGCCAACACCAUGCAUUCGUACGUCACGGAAACCGUAGCGCAGACAGCUACUCAGGAACUACGUCAGAAGCUUGCGGAUGUCGAAGACAUAGACGGAAUGUGUGAUGUUCACGACCGAUUUGUUGCAAGAUUGGAACUGGGUUGCUUGCUUGCCAAAAACCUUGCCCCGAUCUAUGAUAGCAUGAUCUCCAUGCUCGAUCUGGCCGUUGCGUACUGUGGAAUGCAGAAUACUUCUAUGGAAAGCUCGGGCUUGCCCGAGAGACAAUUUCGUGUUCAUUCUCGGCGUGGGCGAACGAGACGUCGAGCUGAUCGUGACAGCGACGAGGAUGAUGAGGACGACGAUGACGAUGACGAUGACGCAGAGGAUUCUUCUAUUCUGGACGCGGAGGGCACAGAGAAAAGCAGCAAUGGUGAGGAAACGAGAAACAAAGGCGAACAAACCGAGUCAUACGCACAGCGACUUCAAACGUUGCACGAUCAAUUCUCGCGGUUAUUGAAUUUCACGGUUGCUGGACUUCGAGGAGUAGGUCGAGCAGGUGGAGAACCCGCUUGGGAGAUGCUUGCGGAUAGCUUAGCGGGGGGCACAAACAAACGUGGUCGACGUUAUAUUUACGACUGAUCUGGAAUGUCUGUGGCCGACGCCGUUUGAUGACAAAGGCUGAGCUACUCUUACGUUUCGCUACAAGGACCGGGAUGGAGAAUUAAGCGUGUUUUCUUAAUUCAUGCAGUGCCGUCAUUAAGCUACGCGCGCAAGAUUGACAAAUUGUCCAGCCCUGCAGUGAGCCAUCCACUGAAGACGGUCUUGGGACACCAUGCAAGGCAUUGAAGAAUCAAUCACUCAGUCGCGGAUGGAAUCAACUCUGUGCGCCGAAGUGCGAACCAAAUUGACAAACUAGCGUUGCCUUCCAACACCUGUGGGGAAAUAUGCGAUUAUGCCAGAAUAUACAGGCGUGAUAAAAUUAUCGACCUCCUCUCCACAAUGUAGGGAGCGCGGACAAAAUUUAGAAUGGUGCUUGUUUGGACGUGUUUGUCUCCUUUCUUGGUGAUUGGGGACCUGCACUCCUUCGAAUGAUUCCGAAGGUCUGCAAGAAGCGUCCAAGCGAGCCAUGUAAAGAACGUCGAGGGAAUUGUGGAAGAUUCAGCAAACGCGGAACAUUUCCAAGGACGAACUUGGACCAGCUGUAACGAGUGAGAGACAUUGAGAGCGAGAAAGGAAAGCAUCACCCGUCAACGGGCUCGAAAAGAACCUACGAAACGUUGCACGCCGGGCAAUUUGGAUCCCCGAGAGCUUUGCGACUCUGGGCCGUUCUCACUCCGUCUCCGUGAACGGCCCGGGCGCAAAAUCUCACGUCCUUGCCGGAACCGCUGCUUUUGUCGUAUAGUCGCUACAAGACGGGACACACUUUGUUCCACGGUUCCCCAUCGCUUCUCUUUUUCCUAGCCGCAUUUCAGAGCACCCACCAUGACAUUGUGCAGAUUUCGACUGUGUUCUAGUGGUGGCUUGCACGACGUUGACUUUCACAUGCACAAGAGCAGAGCUGGAGCGAGAGAUACUUGAAGUGACGUUAGGUUGCGCUCGGCUCAGCUCUCUCACGGCUUAUCAGAUAGAUCAGGUGCCUUUCAAUGGCAGUGAGCCACAUGGCGUGCGCAAAGCAGAAAAUCCUUUCUGCUCUAUCCGUCCUUACUGCGCUGCCGCCCCCUGAUUUGUUGUCCCAGCUACGAGCAGACUGAUCCAUCUCUCACACUUGUCAAGACACAAAUGGCGCGAACCCGUGGCAAGCGCUGCAACCCGAUGUUGGGCAGGAAGAAUCAUGAAGUCGCAGCGUCGUUUCAUGUCCAGUUGCGUGUCCAGCUCGUACGUCUCGCCGGGGUGUUCGAGAGGAGUGUGGGAUGGGCUGCGGAAGCGACAAGACUGCGGAAAACUAACUCUGAAGCAUGUUAGAAGCACGGCAUUUCAGAACGAAAAUUGCAUAAUAUAGUUUUCCAGCCAGGGUCGAACAAAUCAAG